AUGUGGAUAAUAUCCAUAUUCUCUUCUGUCAUGAAGGUAUCAACAACUGCCAAGAAGAAAAAAAUAGCACCUAUAUUGCCUAAGAAAGCAUCACAAGCUUCACCUAACAUUUUAAAGUUUUUCCCCAAAGCAGAAAAGCCUACAUUUGAUUUUAGAGCUCAGAAAGCUCCUAAUGAGACUUUUUCUUCUGCUGAAGCACUUGCUGCUCAUAAGAAAGUUGUGACAUCUGCCCCUUCAGGUUCAGUGGGUGCUUCUACUAAAGAACCCCAGAGUGCGACAUCUAUGUUACCCACUGUUGAGGUGAAGCAGAGUUUUGCCAAUAACUUUGACAUUUCCUUGUAUAGAGAGAGAGUUAAAGGUAUGGAUAACUCUGAAAAAGAGGUUCAGGAAAAUAGAUCUAAACUUGCUUCAAUUAUUGAUACUGUUGUCUUUUGUGGCCGUCUUGGUUUGCCAUUACGUGGGCAUCGUGAUGAUGCCAAAUAUCAUCCUGAAGUUGGAAGCUAUUCCACUGGGGGUGUUGGUAAUUUUGUUGAAUCCCUUAAUUUUAGAGUUAGAGCAGGAGAUAAAAUUUUAGAGGAUCAUUUAAAGACUUGUGGAAAAAAUAUAAGUUACAUUUCCAAGACAAGUCAAAAUAAGAUUAUCAGCUGUUGUGGUCAAGUGAUCAGUGAUAAGAUCAUCCAGGAUGUAAAACAAAGCAAGUUUUUUACCAUUAUUGCAGAUGAGGCUGCAGAUUCUUCCCAUAAGGAGCAGCUCUCCCUUGUUUUAUGGUUUGUUGAUUCAGAUAUGACUAUCAGAGAAGAGUUUAUUUCAUUUCUAAACUGUAAAUGGGGGUUAAGUGGUGCCCAACUUGCAAAACUUAUUUUAGAUGCAUCAAAUGACUUAUCUUUGCCUAUAGAUGACUACAGGGGGCAGGGCUAUGAUGGGUAUAAUGAAGCUUUAACAUUAGCAACUAAAGUGAAUAUUGAAGAGUCUAAGUUAAGAACUGUGGGUAGACAAACUACUAGGGCAAACCAUCCAUACAAGACUGUGUCAGAAUAUUAUAAAAGAAUUAUCACCAUUCCUCUCAUUGACCAUCUAAAUUCUUCUCUACAAGCACGAUUUGACACUGAUAGUGUUAAUGUUUACAAAGGGCUCAGCAUUGUGCCAACAAAACUUUUGUCUUUAUCUAGUAAAGGCAUUGACUGGAAAGAGAAUUUUAAGAUUGUUGCCAAUUUCUAUUAUGAUGAUUUACCAAAUCCCUUAGCCUUACUGUCUUUGUGGGACACGUAUUGGAAGACGUAUGAAGGACCACACCCAUCUAACAUUGCAACAACUUUGAAAGCUGUUUCUUUUGAGGGCUUUGAAAAUAUUAAAGUUAUUCUCAGAAUUUUAGGAACACUUCCUAUUACCUCUUGCGAGUGUGAAAGAUCAAUCUCAUCACUUAGGAACCUUAAGAAUUAUUUACGAAGUACUAUGGUUGAAAAACGCUUGAAUGGCUUUGCCUUAAUGAAAAUUCAUCAAGAGAUUGUUCCGGAUGUGGAAAAAGUUAUUGAUAAGUUUUUGGUUGGAAACACAUGA